UCCCCUUCCCCUUCUCUCCAUCUUCGCCUUCAUCAUCGCCAUUCACCACCAUCUUUCAGUUACGCUUCUUUUUCUUUUGUUCUUUCAUAGACAUAGCCGUAGACAGAGUGAGCUGUUAACUCUCUCUCUCUCUCUCUCUUCUUUCUCUCUCUUCUGCUAUAUUUGUUAUAGCGGAGAGGCUUAGGGUGGGGGUUUGCUUUCUUGAAGGGUCUCCUCCUCCAUCUCUCUCUCUCUCUCUCUUUCUGAAAUCUCCCGGAUUUCCUCUCUGAUCAUCCAUCCUUAAUUAUUGCCCGCUUUCCCCAUUAAAUAAAAAACAAGAAGCUCAAAUUCAAUUCACGCACACACACACACAGAGGAUUAUCAUUAUGCUGAGCUUUUAAAGGGGAAAAAAUGCACUCUUUUCUGCCUUAACUACAGCCUCCCAAAAAUCAUGGCUUCCCCUGAUUUCCCUCUGCUUCCGUUUCAUCCUCCUCACAGCUCAAUGCCAUGCCCCUUCUUGUAGUACUUUUACUACCCAGCCGCACUGUAGCAGCAAAAAUGGUGUUUUAGAGAGAGAGAGAAAUGGUUGGUCUGACAGUGUUAUGGUGGAGAGCAGAGUGAGAGUGGGCGGCUACUCUGUUUUCCUGCUGCAGCGGGGUUGUCUAGUUGGUGCUGAGUGGAGGGAGGAGGGAGGGAGAGUUGGGAUGGAGUACUCCGGAGGAGCAGGCGGGUCUAGUGGGGACCACCACCACGACGGCGACGGUGGCGGCGGCGGCUCCUCCUCCUCCGACCCUCUUCGCCGGAAGAAACGAUACCACCGCCAUACUACCCACCAGAUUCAGACGCUUGAAGCAAUGUUCAAGGAAUGCCCUCACCCGGAUGAGAAACAGAGGCAGCUGUUGAGCAGAGACUUGGGCUUAGCUCCAAGGCAGAUCAAGUUUUGGUUCCAGAACAGAAGAACCCAAAUGAAGGCCCAGCAUGAGCGGGCUGAUAACUGCGCCCUCAGGUCGGAGAACGACAGGAUCCGUUGCGAGAACAUAGCGAUCCGGGAGGCGCUGAAGACCGUGAUAUGCCCGUCGUGCGGGACACAGCCCACGGCCGAGGAUUCUUACUUCGAUGAGCAGAAGAUGAGAAUGGAGAAUGCCCAGUUGAAAGAAGAGCUCGAUCGGGUUUCCAGCGUUGCUGCUAAGUACAUUGGGAGGCCGAUUUCGCAGCUACCUCCGGUCCCACCAAUGCACAUUUCCUCCCUGGACCUGUCAAUGGGCAGCUUCGGGGCCCAAGAGAUGGUUGGUGGGCCCUCGCUCGAUCUCGACCUUGAUCUCCAUCCGGGCAGCUCCUCGGCAGGACUGCCGGGGUUUCCCUUUCAGCCUAUGGUCUUCUCGGACAUGGACAAGUCCCUCAUGGCAGAAAUCGGAGCCAGUGCCAUGGAAGAGCUUCUCAGGCUCAUUGAGACGAAUGAGCCCCUAUGGAUGAAGUCUCCGAGUGAUGGGAAGGAUGUACUCGACACUGAGAGCUACAGUCAGAUGUUCCCUCGAGCUAAUUCCCAGUUGAAGAACCCAAAUAUUCGGCCCGAGGCAUCAAGAGAUUCCCAGGUUGUGAUGAUGAAUGCCCUUGCAUUGGUCGAUAUGUUUAUGGACCCGGAUAAAUGGAUGGAGCUUUUCCCGACAAUAGUCUCGAUUGCGAAAACCAUUGAAGUGAUAUCAUCUCCGAUGCUAACCAGUCACAAUGGUUCCUUGCAACUGAUGUAUGAAGAGUUGCAACUUCUUUCCCCGGUAUUGCCAGCCCGAGAAUAUUUCAUCCUCCGUUACUGUCAGCAGAUCAAGCAAGGCUUGUGGGCCAUAGCUGAUGUUUCAUAUGACAUUUCACGGCAUGACCAAUUUGCCUCUCCGAGUGGAUCUCGCCGGCUCCCUUCUGGGUGCCUCAUCCACGACCUCCCUAAUGGAUACUCCAAGGUAACGUGGGUCGAACAUGUGGAAGUGGAAGAGAAAUUGCCGGCUCAUCGGUUUUACAGGGACCUCAUCUACAGUGGCUUAGCAUUCGGGGCAGAGCGGUGGCUCGCCACCCUCGAGAGGAUGUGCGAGAGAAUUGCUUGUUUAAUGGGGAUGGGAAGUGCAACUCGAGAUCUCGGAGUGAUUCCGCCGCCUGAAGGCAAGAGAAGCAUGAUGAAGCUCGCCCACAGGAUGGUGAGCAAUUUUUGCGCUAGUAUCGGGGCAUCCUCUAGUAGGCAACAGAAGUGGACCACCCUCUCAAGUGCUGACGAGAUGGGAGUACGAAUAGCUCUUCACAGAAACACGGACGUGGGACAACCAAAUGGAGUAGUUCUCAGAGCUGCAACCACGAUUUGGCUCCCGAUCUCCCCCCAAAGUAUCUUCAAUUUCUUCAAGGACGAAAGAACCCGGCCACAGUGGGAUGUACUCUCCAAUGGUAACGCGGUGCAAGAGGUUGCCCAUAUAGCAAAUGGUUCCCAUCCGGGAAACUGCAUAUCUGUUCUUCGGGCUUUCAACACGAGCCAAAACAACAUGCUAAUCCUCCAGGAGAGCUGCGUAGACUCAUCCGGCUGCCUAGUGGUCUACUGCCCCGUGGACCUGCCCGCAAUCAACUUGGCAAUGAGCGGGGAGGACACAUCUUACAUCCCGCUGCUCCCAUCGGGUUUCGCAAUUUCACCGGAUGGUAGGACAGGUCCCUCAGGGGAGGGGACAUCAUCAUCGUCCAGCUCAAGCAGGGCCUCGAGCGGGGGCGGGUCUCUGGUGACAGUGGCGUUCCAGAUAUUGGUGAGCAGUCUGCCGACCUCGAAGCUGAGCCUCGAGUCAGUAGACACCGUAAAUCACCUCAUCUCCACAACUGUCCAGCAAAUAAAGGCUGCCCUGAACUGUCCUGCUUCUUAAAUUCGACCCGAUCCACCACUUACUGCGGCUACUACCACCACAACUACAAUCCUCUGCUUCUUCUGAUCCCAAUUUCUGCCGAAGUUACUGCACAACUGCUUCUCUCUUUUUCACCUGCACGAUCUUUAAUUACACAGUCUGGGGAGGAGGCUUUCUCUCAGAGCCCGCACUGUCCUGUUGGGAAGGAUUAGUUGAGGACUUCAAUGCCCCUUUCAUCCACAAGCAACUGAAUUUACUGCCCUGGUCUCUCCCUGGUCCUGGUCCCGGUCCCUGUGCCGAUGGAGUACGGCAAAUCCCAUUGUGGACUGAUCACCCAGCCUGGAGAAAUAUUCCUUAAAACCGGGUUAGUUGUAUAGAUUGACUGCUGCUGAGAUUCCAAAACACACAGCGGUAGGGUUACUAUUGACUCAAUCUGAAUCAUUACUUGUUCGCUCUUUUUGGGAGUUAUUAAGGACAGGAAGUCAAGAACGCACCGUACAGGAGGUUUCCGAGCUUGGUCUAGUCUUUUUCUACCAUACCACACACUACACAAAUGUUAUGUUUUGUGUUCAUGAUUCUUUUGGUUUUUGCCUUUUGUCUUCGAUGAGUACUUCUGAUGUUUCCAUUGAUGUCUGUGACCUAGCAAAGGAAUUGUAUGGUUCGGGUAUUGACUUCUGUUACCACAUGGAUUCUUAUAUAUGUCUAAAUAUCAUUUAUAUGCA